AUGGCAGAUGAAACGGAACCGCAAAGAAAGAAACAAAAGACUGAAGAGAAAACGACACAAGAUGAACCAGCCGGUAACAGCAACAUGGGUGACUUUAUAAUGAAAGCAGCCAAGAUGAUAUCAGAUAAUAUCGACUCGAACACCAGGGCUGUACGUCAAAAUGAAAAAGCCAUAACUAAGGUCAGCGAAGAACUUGCCAGGAUAGAAAGAAAUUUGACCGCUGCAGGUAAUACCCCACCCACUUUUACUAUUAUUAUAAUAGAGAAGUGGGAAAGCUGGUUUAAUGCAAAUGAUUUCAAUCGUGAUAGAGUUCUCUCAAUGGAUGAUAUUAAACUAUUUGAGAACUAUUACAAAGACCUGGGUUACCUGAGUGACGAACACUUAAAGGAAAUCAAUAAAAGAACGGAUCGAAUAUGGAGGAAAAUAAUUUUAAACAACACGUUGGAAAUCACUAAAGAUGACUUUGUAGAGAUGCUGAAGCAAAAAUAUGAAGCAGACAAAGAAGUAUUUACUGAAAUGAUUCGCGAGUACAUCUCGGAUUGGUGCGAAAUGAUGGACUUGAACGAUGACUAUAUCAUUUCAAAAGAAGAAUUUCUUACUAACGUGUUUGCAUCUCGACACAAUACUAUUGCCGCAGACGAUCUUUAGGCCUGUAAACGGACGUUUUCCUGUUCAAACGAUGAUUAAUUAUUUCAUACGCUCUGCAACGGAUACGAAUGAGUCGACCCCUGACGUUUUUCAAGAUGCAUUAGAUUCUGGUUUUUAAAUAAUGUUUGGUUGUUAUUUCUUAUUACCGAAUUCACGACUACAAAUACCACAACAGGCAUUCGAUCGUGAAAAAACAGUUAUUUUACUUUGUUAUCAUGACAGAUUGUUAAUUUAAUGUAAUAUUAUGUAUAUAUAUUAUAUAUACAUUUCUUGACAGUGUAACCAAAACCGACUGAAUAUUUUAGUGACUGUCUUUUAAAAUCAUAUUUGUUUCAAUAUAACUUUGAAUGUAUAUCACUUAUGAAGCGCAGGUUUUUCUAAAUAAAUCUAUAUGCCUUGGAUGAAUUUGUCUCUUUCAGUGUAAGAGUCUUACAAUCCAUUUUAAAAUGGCAUUACAUGGAAAGUGUUAAAAUUUAUUUUACAAUAUAAGUACAAAGGUGGAGGAAAUGAAAACCUAUUUCUCUUUAAGCACGAUAUUUUGGUCGUAACUUAUAUAUGCAUUGAUAUUUAAAGAUAUACUAUGCUUAUCUUUGAGUGAAAUAAUUUUACCGCAAAAAGUUAUUGAAAUCUAUGAAAAUUUUAGUGAAGAUAUCUAAUUUGAAUAAAAGAAUUUCAAACUAUUAAUGGGACGCUGCAUUCCCCAUUACAGGUCAAAUAAAAUUGGUCCUUUCUAAACAAAAAUCUGCCAGGUUUUUUUUUAUGACACUGUAUACUCAUAUUGUGGCCACCUUUAGU